UCCCUGGAGGCGGUGAGAGCUCCAAACGGUGGAGUCGGGUGGAUGAUAGUUUCCCCUACAGUCAGACCCAAUAGAAGGAAGAUAGUCGUUCCUGGUGGAUGAUGGUAUGGAGCGUGACGAUGAACACGAGAUCCGUUGUAUAAAUCCGAAAUCCUUCAACUGCACCCACCUAGUCCUUUUCUUUUCCUUAGUAUAUUACUGAAGCCUUCAGGCUAACGGACUGUUACAGACAUAACAAUGACGGAUCACGUGACAUUUCAUCUCAAGCGCGUUUCGUCCUCCACUUGAAGUUGUAGACGACAUGCGUCGUGCCUCAGUCUGGAUUGGCUUAGCUUACCUGUUUGCUCCGUCCCUUGCUCUUUCUCAAGGGGAAAACUACAAGGAAGAUCUCCGCGUACAACCACUCAGAGAUGGGCGAGUAUCCACGACAUUCUCUUUUGUGACUGUUCUAGAAGGUGCAGUUCCACGAAAUCCGACGGCCCUGGAACAACCAGAUGAAUCCCAACACUACGCCCUGUUCCCACUCACGCUUGGUCAAAUCUUACGCGAGUAUGCGAUCACCGAGCUGCAUCUGACUCUCAACGCUGGGAAAUGGAAUUAUGAUAACUGGGGGCAUCCUAAUGAAGCUGGGGUUAGCACCGGAGCUGAGCUAUGGGCUUGGAUGGGCGCCAGCGAGGCAACAACAGUGGAUGAGCGGUGGUCUGGUCUUCGAAACGCACUUUCAGGACUCUUUUGCGCUUCUCUCGGGUCACUAGAUUCGAGACGAACCACAUCACCAAUGGUCGCCUUCCCUUUAUCUGGGUCCACCCCUCCUUUCGCCCUACACGAACUUCGGCAUGCCUCACUUCCCUCAGAGAACGUUUGCACGGAGAAUCUAACCCCCUUCUUGAAGUUGCUUCCGUGCAAGAGCCAUGCAGGGCUUGCUGCACUUCUGAAUCCCCAGAAGGUGUUUGAUGCAGACUGGCAUGGCAUGGGGAUCCACGUGAUAUGGAAGGAAGGUACUGGUGUGGAAUUAAAGCUAACUUUACAAGCGGUCUUCAAUCCAGUACGAACCAGCGCAGGGAAAAGACGAGACUGGAGUCUUCAAUCACUGUUUGAUCGCUCCAUUGAACGAUCAUGUCCGGUAGCGAGCUCCAGUUCUGUUACUGUUAUUCUCCCGGAAGAGGAGAAUUACCAGAUCACUCCUCAGCUUCCCGCCCAUGUCGAUGGUUUAGCCGUUUACGACUUAUCCUCCUUGUCUAAUUUCACAAUUCCAUUCAAUAUUGCCAUGUUCUGGCCAAGUGAACAUAGCUUCCAGUAUCCACCGCCGCCAUUACUACCCCUCACACGGCUCAGCGUGAAACGAACAAUUCAUGGUACAACACAAACACGAGGUGUUCUUUCUGUUUCUGUGACCAACAAUUCUCCCGAGGAGAUUUCGGCAGGUUAUCUGGAGAUGAUGCCUGCCCUGCUCACACUGUGGAUGCACACUUUGAAAGUUGAAAUAAACUCACGGAUACGGUGCGACCUGAUUUCAGGACUGAACUACCAUCCACCUUCGCCACAACCUAAUGGCCGCCUUUCUCCCUCGACGUUGCAAGCUGUCCUGACAAUUCCACCAAAGAGCACACUCAAAAUUUCCAUGGAGGUCAACAAAGCCUUCCUGAAAUAUACCGAACAUCCACCUGAUGCGAUGAGAGGCUGGGAUCUACCGGGGGCCGUCUUUUUCCCGCUCCUUCGAUCGACAAACAAUACCUCUUCGAGUUAUGAUUGGGAGAGGAUUUAUACCCCGACACUACUUGUCGAUCUCCCCACCCCGGAUUUCAGCAUGCCCUAUAACGUCAUCAUCCUCAGCUGUACGCUCGUGACAUUGAUUUUCGGAAGCAUCUUUAAUUUGCUGACGCGCAAGUGGGUCGUGGUGGAGAUUCUAGAGUAGUUGCGGUGAACUACGUAGUAUUGUACUGAUGCAGGGCUCAUGCAACACGGGUGUUAACAUCGGUCCUUCUCUAGGUCCCAUCCGCAUAACUUCUACAACAACUUUCUCGAUCCUUGUUAUCGCACACUUCUUGACGGAAUCCAUCCACAAAUACGUUCCGGCGCAUCUGAAAGUUUUGAAUGCCCGUCUAGGCCUUAAGUUGGUAAUAUAUGGUCUGAUAUUGAACUUGUUCUCGACUGGCCUCAUUAUUAUGUCCCACUGUAAGCAAGUCAAUCAUACAUAUUAGCUCCCGUUGGGUCAGAUUUUCAGGAUCUUGCGAGUGGCGUGGAAGUGCCACCUGUACUGUUUUUAUGGACUUUCGCAAUGAUCCCAUUUGUCAUCCGUCGGAAGCUGUCGGAAGGUGCCACGA